AUGAGUAAGUUUACAGCUGAUAAGCUAAAUUGCAUCCCAGAAAAUAUAGGAAACCCAGAACAGGUUCUGGACAUACAAAGUAUUGCACCAGAUGCUAAAAUAGAAUAUAUAUUGGAAGUUAAUCUAAAAGCCCCAGUGCACUUACAUAAUUUCUUUGCAGAUUAUCCUUUAGCACCAGAAAAGCAGAUAGUUCCAGAAGAAUGGCUUAACUUGCAUAAUGAAAGAUUAGUACAUGAUAAAGAAGUUGGGAACGGAAAAUAUAUAACAGGAGAAAAGCUUGUCUAA